GAUGGUGCUAGACUCUUGUUGGUCUUCAAUGCGUUUCAAUGUUGGUGGGCACUUCAAGUUAUAUUACUCUUACUGGUCAAAUGUUUCUAAUGCAGGAGAGAUUCAAAUGAAAAUUAUUUCGAAACUGUAUCCUGUUCUAGAGAAUGUUUAUGCUGUAUUUAUUGACAGUAAAGCUGUUGCUGAUAUGAUUCAAAUAGAAGCUGCUAUCACACAAGCUUUAAUGCAUUACAGAGAUGAAUCUGCUGGUGGUAUGCAUACACGAGAGUUGACUUCAGAAAUUCUCUAUUGUUUAAGUCCAAAUCGAUCAAUUAAACAUGCUAUGAAUACAUUUGGGAUUCAAGCAUCUACUAACAGUUUGAUUGUAUGUGUUCUCCAUUCCUCUGAUGCUUACCCAACAAAUAAUACAGUUCUACAAGAAUAUUUAUGCCAAAUUUCAAACAUGAUUCAAGGAACUAUAAAUACUGCUGAUUUAUUAAGAAAGUUAACAAUGAACAUUGAUGUUGUUUGCCAGGAAUAUGGAAUUAAAAGUGUAGAAAAAAAUAUGAUCAUUAAAUCAGAAGAUCCUAAAAGAUCUUUACUUGAAAGUAUAUUAAGUCGGAUGGCUUCAAAAGAUCUAUUCAGAGAUUAAAUGAUGGAAACUGUAAAGAAUUUACUUUAAUUGUAAAUGUAUACUUAUUCAUGGCUGUUUCAUAUCACACUGUGAAUGAUAAUAAUAAUAAUAAUAUAAAGCUUUAAUAAUAUUAUUUUUAAAUAAUAUAACUUUCUGAUUUAAU